AUGCCCCACUGCGUGCAACAAAUGUCGCCAGAAAAAGGCGCGCGCCACGAUUGGGAAUGUGUCUAUCCAGUUUCCGACAAUCAUCGACAGGACCAUGGUAGGAGAAAACCAACAGAUGUCGAAGAGCGGCUGAUGCGGUUGGAGUUCCUCGUGCAAGGUCAAUCUGCUGCCUCGGUGCCUCCAGCGCCUCCCGCGCCUCCCUCAGUCACCGCUACGGCACCAGCAGCUCCUCCAGAUGAUGCCUACCUGGUCCCGUUGCUCCGUUCAAGCUACAACAGUCUUCCGGACGAGAGUCGCACCGUACCACAAUCGUUAACGACUGACACAGAUCAAGUCUUCCAGGUUCGUGAGGGUCAAGGCUCUUCUUUAAACCAGAGACAACUACUUCCACUAAACGAUCUCACGACGGUGUCCGACUGCGCAACACUGUGGAAUGACUCAGGCCGGGUUGGCCAAGCGGAGCUAGAUGCUGUGACGAGUCCUGCUCUAGGUGCUUCUUUAGAAGAUCAUGGCAAUGCUUCCUAUCUGUCCAUUUGCUCGAGUAAGGGUGUCGAGUGGAUCUCCAGACGCACUGGAAGCGGCGAAUUCGUCUCCAGCGCUCAUAAGUUUGCCACUGAAGUCAGUCGCACACUCAAACUAUCGCUACCCCAAUCGUCAAAAAGAGUUCCAGAGCCGGACAACGCAGCUGCAGAGAGAUGGACGACAGGUCAGUUCCCUUGCUACAUCACAUAUCAUCCUGUGUUCUGCGGUGUUGAGGGAUUUCAAGCGUUCUUCGAAGACUCGUUCGAGCAUAAACUGGGGCUGGUACAACGGCAAAAAUUCGAAACCAAGCGCCAAAGUCACCAGUCCACCGCAUUGUCGGAUCCUGGAUGGUAUGCCUUGAGAAACGCCGUAUACGCCAUUGGCAGUCGGCUCUCUCUCGCCACAGACUCCCAUCCAUCGUCAUACGUGGUGGCACGAGAUACUUCAUGGGCGUAUUUCGAGAACGCAUUAUCCGUCCACACAGAGCUUCUCUACAUGCGUACAAACUCGACCGCAGUCGAAGCGUUGCUCCUGAUGGCUUUCUACUGUGAGGCCAUCUCCAGUCCUGCAGUGGAAUUCUUCUUGCUUUCAAGUGCAAUCCGUCUGGCUCAGUCCAAAGGCUUUCAUCUUCCAAUCGUUGCACGCAAAGCGACUUCUGAGGACGAGAGAGAGGAUUACUGCUGGCUCUGGUGGUGCCUCUAUCUCUUUGAUAAGUUGCUCGCCAGCCGCGCGUGUCGACCCUCUUGCAUCCACGACGACGACUUCGAUCUGGCAUUGCCGGUGGCUCCACGCCGUCAGACAGCGGCGAGGAUGGACUUUUUCAGGAGCGCCAUUCAACAUGCACGUAUUGCCUCCCUUGUGUCUAAACGGCUCUACUCGACCCGAGCACUGGCAGCGUCUAUCACAGAGUUGUGCAAAACGACUGGUGAACUAGACAAACAGAUUCGACAGUGGUGGAAUCAGCUGCCUGAAAUCUACAGGAGUCGGCCUACCUCCAAGUUUUUUCGGAAAAAUUCUCAGAUGGAUCAGAGACAAUGGACAUACAUCUAUUAUGCCUUCCAUGGGACACUUUGUGCGAUCCACAAUAUCAUCACAUACCCUUGGGUACAACCAGCGUUAGACUCUGCCCAACAGCUCAUGAUGGCUACGCAGAUCGAGAAAAGCUCUCAGAUAGUCAUGAACGCCUCGAGGGCCAUUGCAAGCGCAACACAGCUGAUGGAGGUCACCGCCGCCUCGCAUGUGUGCCAUAUCAAUCUUUUCCUUCAGAUUCUGCAGAACCCGCGGAGCACACUGGCCGAGUCGGAUCUCGACUUGAUGGAAGUGGUGGCUGGAUCCAUUAGUCUCAUUGGAUACGUUACCAACGGCGAUCUCAAGUUUUCGUUUGCCAGAGAACUCACCAACAUAGCUCGAACAGCACUCGUGGCAGCAAGAGAGUCGCAGUCUGAUAGCCUCCCAGGCCUCCAUGCGAACGGGGAUGACCAGCUUCAGGAAAUAUUCCCCCAGCAGCCCUCCUCUUUCUUCGAGGUAAGUUGCCCAGUGGCUUGA